AUGUUUCUCCUGAUGUUUUUGGUGCACAGAGUAGUUACUCUGAGCUGCCCUGCAAGUGAUCCUUUCCUUGUUCCGCAUGAAUGGUACCAGCCUGGAGACUUCACCAUUGGUGGGAUGGCAACUCAAAUCGUUUACCACUUUUAUGAAAUAAAAUUUAUUGAACAUCCUGCUAUAACACCUUAUGAAGUACCAAUUGUAAUCACCAAAUUUCAUCAACACGUCCUUGCUUUGGCCUUUGCUGUGAAAGAGAUCAAUGAGGACUCCCAGAUCUUACCUAACGUCACUAUCGGAUUCCACAUCUAUGACAGUUACCUCAAUCCAAGGAUGACCUAUCGUACCACUCUGGACCUGCUUUUCAAAUCUCAGGAAUUUGUCCCUAACUACAGAUGUGAUAGCCAGAAGAAUCUCAUGGCUAUCAUUGGAGGAUUGGAUUUUGACACAUCAUCUUACAUAGCUGAAAUUAUAGGAUUCUUCAAGAUUCCACAACUGACAUAUGGCUCAUUAGCCCAAAAGGAAUUCCAGACCAGUAAGCUCUCUUCACUUUAUUUCAUGGUCCCCAAAGAAGACCAUCAGUACAUUGGGAUUAUCCAGCUGCUUCACCAUUUCAAAUGGACAUGGAUUGGGAUCUUUUCUGUUGAUAACCACAAUGGAGAAAAUUUCUUACAAAAAAUGCAGCCCUUACUUUCACAGAACGGAAUUUGUUCAGCGUUCAUAGAAAGGCUUCCACAACUAGUCCACUUGGAAGUCUUCCCAGAAGUUUAUCAAAUGAUCUCAAUGGUUUCCAUUAAUAUGAUCAAUAGCAAAGCCAAUGCAUUUCUUGUCUAUGGAGAAUCCUGGGCAAUUAUAUGGCUAAGAUUGGUUCCAUUUCUAGUAGAUCCUGAAAGCAAGGAAAUUGCAUUAUUUAGAAGGGUGUGGAUCAUGACUGCACAGAUUGAUUUCAUAUUAUCAGGAUUUCAAAUCAGUUGGGAUCUCCAGAUGUUCCAUGGGGCUCUUUCCUUCACCAUUCACUCAAUAGCAGUUGAAGGUUUCAAGGAAUUUCUUCUGACUGUAAAUCCUCUUUCAAUCUCCAGAAAUGGGUUUCUGCAGGAUGUUUGGGAACAAUCGUUUGAAUGUUCAUUUCCAAAACCAGAAUUACAAGAAAUGCAUAAUAAACCGUGCACUGGGCAGAAGAAGUUAGAAGAUCUUCCUUCGCCUUUGUUUGAAAUAGAAAUGACUGGCCACAGCUACAGUAUCUACAAUGCUGUUUAUUCUGUGGCUUAUGCUUUGCAAGCCCUCUACACAUUAUAUUUCAAAAGAAAGAAAAAUGUGAUUGGUAAGAAAACUGGCUAUCCGUAUCUUCAGGCUUGGCAGCUCCAUUCAUUUCUUCAAAUCAUUUCUUUUAACAAUUCAGCUGGGGAGAGAGUAUUCCUGAAUGAGAAAGGAGAAGCAAGAGGUGGAUUUGAUAUCACCAACUUGAUCACUUUUCCAAACAGAUCCAUUCAGAGAGUUAGAGUUGGAAAGAUGGAUCUCCAGGCUCCGAAGGGGAAACAAUUAUUCAUUGAUGAAGAUGUGAUUGCCUGGAACCCAGCUUUUAACCAGGUUCUUCCACUUUCUCGAUGCAAUGACCCUUGUUUCCCUGGAUCCUGGAAGAAAGGGAUCGAGGGGGAACAGUUCUGCUGCUAUUACUGUGAUCCAUGCCCAGAAGGGAAGAUUUCAAAUCAAAAUGAUAUGGAUGACUGUUUUGAAUGUUCAGAAGAUCGUUACCCAAAUAAAGAAAAGAAUGGAUGUAUCCUGAAAUUGCUAGUGUUUCUAACCUUUGAAGAAACCUUAGGCAUCGGUUUAGCUUCAGCAGCUCUUUGUUUCUUCUUCUUGACAUCUUGGGUACUCGGAACUUUUAUUAAGCACAGGGAUACUCCCAUUGUCAGAGCCAACAACCGGUCCCUCACCUACACUCUGCUAGUGUCUCUUCAGCUCUGUUUUCUCUCCUCUUUACUCUUUCUCAGCCAACCUAGCAAAGUAACCUGUCUUCUCCGACAAUCAAUGUUUGGUGUCACUUUCUCCGUGGCCAUUUCUAGUGUACUAGCCAAAACCAUCACUGUGGUUGUGGCUUUCAUGGCGACUAAACCAGGAUCUCAAAUGAGGAGAUGGGUAGGGAAAAGGUUGGCUUUUUGGACUAUCAUUUCCUGUUCUCUAUUCCAAGUAUGGAUUUGUAUACUUUGGUUGUUGACAUCUUCCCCAUUUCCUGAAAUGGACAUGCACUCAGUGCUCCAAGAAAUGAUUUUACAGUGCAAUGAGGGGUCAGUUUUCUACUUCUAUUGUGUCUUGGGCUACAUGGGUAUCUUGGCCAUUGCCAGCUUUAUUAUGGCUUUCCUUGCCCGUAAAUUACCCAACAGCUUUAAUGAAGCCAAGUUCAUCACCUUCAGCAUGUUGGCCUUUUGCAGUGUGUGGAUCUCCUUCUUUCCAGCCUAUCUGAGCACAAAAGGAAAAGCCAUGGUAGCUGUGGAGGUCUUUUCCAUCUUGGCCUCCAGUGCUGCAUUACUGGGAUGCAUAUUCUUACCAAAGUGCUACAUCAUUGUUUUCAGACCUGACCUAAAUCAGAGAGAGCAACUCAUAAAGAGGAAAUAG